GCAGGAUUAUAUCAACACUGAACGCAGCGGAGUUUGGCUGGAAGUGAAUCGAUCAAAUUUAUAUGCUUUAAUUUCAUUCCGAAAUGCAACUUUAAUCGAGGAUUUAGAGGGCAGAUUCGGAGCAGUCAUGUCGAAGGUUGAUCGCUUGAACGCUCGUGUGUCGAAGCUCCUGACGGUGGCUGUUCAUGAAGUGCUGGAGAUUGUGAGAGAAACAGUGUGUGAAUAUCAGGAAAAAAACGCCCAAACACUGAGAGAAAACGAGAGACUGCGGAGGAAAUUGCACGAGUUACAGGACAAAUCACACACAGAUGGUACCAGUCCCAAAGUGCAGAUGAGGGUCCAACCUGAGUCUUCCCAACAUCAAGAGCCGAGUGAUACUCGGAACACUGUGCAGUCCGAAGACAGCGUUCUACUCACUGAAAGCAAAACUGCAGUAAAUGAACCACAAUACAGCCACUGUCGCACCAAUCUGUCACAUAAUAUCAUGACUCCCUCCCUCAGACUUCCUCACCUAACACAGUUUCAUGUCAAAGAAGAAGUGAAGCUGCUCAAUCACAGUCCGUCAUUCAACUGCAGCUCCAUCACUGCUAUCCAAAUGCUUCCAAAUGAAACAAAUACGUCCUCACUAACACACCACAACAAAGGCACUAACCAUGAUGAGUCUGGCAGUGAAUUGACUGUCAGCCCGGCUUUGAAAAAAAUCAAAGUGGAAACACAAAUUGACAAUGUGGCUUAUGUUUCCAAGGAGUCAAUUUAUGACCAUAGUAUUGAUCAGACUGAACUAUCGAUAGAUCCGCAGCAACUUCUGAAUUCCCAAUUUCUCGGACAGGAUAUAAACGGUGUAUCGUACAGCAGAAAUACCAGCAAUGCGGCGGCCCUGAGGUUCCUCCCACGACACCAUCGAGCUGAAAAGCGCUUCUGCUGUGGACUCUGCGGCAGGAGCUUUAGCCAUGCUGGAGAUUUCAAGAAGCACAAGAGAGUGCACACAGGAGAAAAACCCUAUCUGUGCACCAUAUGCGGCAAACACUUCAGUCAGUCCGGCUACUUGAAGAUUCAUCAGAGGCAUCAUACAGGAGAGAGACCAUACAGCUGCGGCCUGUGCGGGAAAUGCUUCAGCCACUCGAGCAACUUCAAAAAACACCAACAGACUCACAUUGGACAUAUUUGUUAAGGGUAAAUUUUUUCAGUUGUGCUCCACUACUGGCACCAAAAGUAAUGGUGCUGUAACCACAUUUAUAUGGUUCUGUUAGUGUGUGGUGACAAUGACACAAACAAAGUAUCAUCCCAGUAUGGUAAAGCGUUGCCAAGAUACAGCCUCAGAUCAUUGUAGUAGUCUUGCCAUUUAUUUCGUUGAUGCAUUAUUCGAGAAUCGUUUGGUCUGUCGAGAAACUUUUGAUAACUUAGUCGUGAGUGUUCCUGGAUGAUACACAACAAAUUUCAUGCGAAUCGGAUGUACAUUCUUGGAAGAGUUAGAAAAGGUAGGUUUUCAACUAAAUUCAAAAUGGCUGACAGGAAGUAUGGCCAACCAUGGCGAAUUUGGUAUCAUCGUACUAAGAAUGAUCUAAGGAAGCUAACAGCACAAGUCGUUAAAAGGUUAUAAGCAUUUUAUAAUAUAAUUUGAACACUAGGUGGUGCAGUCCUCAAACUUUUUGAGUACCUUAAGGACACAGCCCCAAUGACACAUACCAAAAUUCGUAAUGAUACAACAAUGUGUUUCUAAAAUACAGCAAUUUAAGUCAAAAUUCAAAAUGGCCGACACCCAGUAUGGCCGACAUAGGAAAAUUGGGUAUCAUUCGAUUUGUUAUGUCCCAAGGAAUCUAAAGAGACACGUCUUAUGAUUUUAGGCCAAGCUAUUCAGAAUAAGGAAAAAGACCACCUUGAACACUCUUGACCACCCGGUGUCACUGUGAUGAAACUGUGCAGUUACCCUCAAGUCACGCUUGUGUUGACAUAUACCAAGUUUUGUGUCAAGAUGCUAAAGCGUUGUGAAUAUACAGCCUCACGUCCAUUUUGGCGAGAUCGCCGUCGAAUUCAUCGAUGCCUUAUACGAGAAUAGUUUGGUCUGUCAUCAUGAAUUCUAUAACUUUUUGUCAUGAGUGUCUCUAGAUGCACGUGCAAAAUUUCAAGCGAGUCGGAAAUACACUGUAGGAGAAGUUUAAAUAAGUAGGUUUUUCGGAAAAUUAAAAAUGGCACGAAAUCUAGUGGGCGGAGCUUCGUAACAAUAUGAGCCAUUGGGACUUGGCAUGACCCAAACAAAAAAAAAUUGUUUCUAGGCCUUUCGGUUCAAUAGGCCAAUACGUGUGCAAUUUUGAACAGUUGGUGGCGCUAGAGGGUUUGAGUUAGAUACCCCAUAUUUGGAGACUUGUUUCUCUGCAGAAGAAAAAUGGCCGUAUCCCAAUAAGUGAGCAUUUUUCAACCGCUUUACAUAUUUUCCUACUAUAUUAAGAUUCCCUACUUUCAUUGGAUAGUUGAGAAACACCCAUCCUGGUUUGAAAACGGCUAAAGAUUGGGAAACAUACAUUAUUGUUCCCCAGAGACCUAUACUUACGAAUUUGGGUCAGUUACAUUUGAAGGUAUCCUCUAUCAGUGUGCCAAAUUUCAUAACUUUCCUAUGUAGGGCUGCUGUAGACUAUAGAACCGUGGAAGAAUAAUAAUAAGAACAACACUUAUGGAUGCAAUAGGUGCCUGCCUACACACCUUCAGUGCCUGGUCACUAAAAAUAAUGACAGGUUUUCUGAACUCAUGUCAUUGGUUACAUGUCGGGCUGCUUAAACAGAGAAAUUUUUUUAAAGCACCACAAAGUCACAAUGUUUAUACUCUUCAGGAAGUCAGACUUCCAAAGAUUUACUUACAGUAACUUAACCUUUUCCUGAACAUGGAAGCGCUUCACGAUUCAUAAUGGAAAACUUUGUUUUCCGGUCUCCAGUGUUUUCACUCCCAUUGGUGUAGGUUUUUAGCAGGUAAUGUGAUGUUUAGCGUAUUCAUUUAGUAAAAAUUGCCAAAUAAAAAAAACAUGUGGCUUAAUAGUGCCGAUAUUUUACAGACUCAUGAUGACCAUCUUUUUGACAGUGCCUCACCCGAGAGGGUAGAUGACAUGAAGCGAUGGACCAUGGUUAGUUACGUUGAUAUCAUAAACUACUUCGAGUUGUUAUUAUAUCCAACAACUGCACAAGUUGAGCCUGAACUCAACGUUUCUGUAGUUUUUACAUUGCUUCUUAUGGAGACCAGAACAAAAAAACAGUCUAGCGGCAAUCAGAAUCAUCAUGGCGCCUCUCAGUGGUUGGUCAGGAAAACUUUUGAUAGUUUAAAUGGUUUAGAAGUAAGUAUAUUAAUGUGCAAAAAAGUUAACAUCCAAGUAUUUUUCUACUGUACAGUACAUGUUUUACUGCAUAUUGAGAUCUAUUAUCAGUUAUGCUAAUAAACAUUUAUAAAUUACCUCACAAUUCUAACAUGGAUGAAAAGGUGAGCAUUUAACUCAUAAAUCAGUGAUAAAUGUAAAGGUAUUUAUGUGUGAUUAUUAGCCAUAUUAUGAGUAAUAUGAAAGUACUGAUGCACCAGGCAGUAUCUAAAUCAUGGCUACAUUCUGAAAACUCUUAUAUAUGUUUCUAUGGUUGGUGUAACUGUGUCUAAAUUUAAUAAUAAAAUAAAUGGCAACAUGUUUUUUAAAGUGA